CUUCCAGAUCCCGUGGAAGCACGCCGCCCGUCACGGAUGGAGCAUCGACCGGGAUGCUACACUCUUCAGGAGCUGGGCCAUGCACACAGCUCAUUCCAGUCGUUGGAAGCACCGAACUGGAAUAAGGAGUGGCCAAAGGAGGUGUGAGCUUUGGGAAUAACUAUAGAGAUGAAGUUACUGGAAGGUAAAUCGCGCUGGUUGUUGGAAGUGAUGAGUAAUGAGCGAAGAUAUGAUGUGGUUCUAUCGAUGAUUGUUUUGUACAUAAACUGAUACCAGUGUAACAUCCUGCAGGAAUGGAGUGAUGGCCAGCUAACGAGUGAGUACAGAUCACAAUGAUGAGUAGUGAAAGGGGCACCAGUGACGAAACGGACUGCCGAGUGAUAAAUGACAUGGAGUUUAUGAAGAAGCUUUUUGGAAGCAGUCCUAUAAACGAUGUCACUGUAAUCUAAGAUGGAAGGAUUGUCAUUUUGACCAAGGUUUGCUUUGCAGAAUGAGUAAGGAUGACCUGUUGUUCUUGACUCGGUUGACUUGACUCUAUUCUAUUCUAAAAUAUUCUACAAUUCUGAUAACUUUUAAAUCAAAAUUGAAAACUUUGAGGUUUUCAUCUGCCUUUGAGUCUUAUGCCGCACCUUCUGCAUUGUCACUGCAGCUGGCUUUUCUAAAUUAUUUUAAUAAUAAUAAAAGUAAGUGCUGCAUAUAUCAUAUCUUAUAUUUGAUCAUCUUAUAUGCUGCUUUUAGUUUUUUGUUGUUUUUAUGUCCUUUUUAUAGUUGUCUAUGUUUUUAGUGUAUAGCAUGUUCAGCGCCUUGUACUCCUGCAAAGGCGGUGGAAGGUACUAUAUAAAUAAAGAUUGAGUGAUUGGUAUCAAAUCUACUGAAAUGAGCAUCAGGUGCAUGUGUGUAAAUCUGCUGCUUCCUGUGCACUGUUGAUCGUUACUCUGUCUCUAAACGCCCCGUUAAUUUUAUUGCUUUAACUUUGUUGAAAACCAAAUCAUUCCAAUGUGAUAAUCAAUCACAUCCAAUGCACACACUCAACAAGGUAAGUGCACCGCCAGCUCAUUAUAUCUGAUUUUGAUAAGCUGCAGCACACUGAAAGUGUUUCAUCAGCAUUUGAAUGAAAAGGGACUUAUUUUCCCCAACAGAUAAGUGAAUGAUUCAGGUCUAUCACUUCACAAAUGAGCUAUUUGUUAUAAUCAUAGAAGUUGUGUGUGUGUGUGUGUGUGUGUGUGUGUGUGUGUGUGUGUGUGUGUGUGUGUGUGUGUGUGUGUGUGUGUGUGUGUCUGUGUGUGUGUUUGUGUGUGUGUGUGUGUGUGUGUGUGUGUGUGCGUGCGUGCGUGCGCGCGUGUGUGUGUGGAGGCUUUUGUUGCUUGAGACAAAAGACAAUGUUUUGUCCUGAUUAGAACUUUUAAAUCCAGGCACGUGCUAAUGUAGAUUAAACCCCUAUAUCUUUUGGUCUUGAUGUAUUUUUGUGUCCCUUUUUUUCUCUCUCUCUCUACGCAGGUGUAGAAGCAGAUUCUUGUUCAUUCAUUCUUGUGAACCCCCUAUUCCCCAUCUCUUCCUUCUCUCUCCCCCUUUCUGUUACACUUAUGUCUCCGUCAUAUUUUAAACAACCGAAAAUAUUACUAAUAAAGUUUUGGUAUAAGGAAUGGCAUUAUAGCAGAAGCUAUUACGCUCCACCUGUGAGAAUAAAGCUGCAAGGCUUGUCUUCGACAUUCAGACAUCAUUUCUGAUUGCUUCACAGCCGGACAGGACACGGUAAAAUAAAAAGUGCACAAUCCCUGUUUAGUCAGGGACAAAAGUAUCAGGAAGUGGACAUGACACAUCCCUUAAAUAUUUAUGUUUCCUCAUAUUUAGUGGCACUUAAAUGUAUAUGAAAUUUUAAAAUUGUUUCUGCAGGAAACUAGCUCCCUAUAGAAAUGUUUUAUUCUCUAGUGUUUACCGGAAAUGAGAGACUUUGCAGCUGAAUUAAACUGCAGAUAUCAAUUCUCAGGCAUCUUUUAAAUUUUUAUUAGGGGUGGGAAUUUAACAUGUUAAUUAUGAUUAAUUAACUACACAACAUUUUUGAAAAAUUAAAUCACAGCUCAUACUUCAAGCAAAGCGGAACUUUUGUCAGUGCGUUAUUUCCUGCUUGACCGAUUACACUGAUGCACACGACAAAACCCCGCUCGACUAAUGACUACUGAAAUGAAGAAAUUAGAAGAAAGCACAUUAAAAUUAGCUUGGGCGGAUGCGCUGUUUUAGAAAACCCGUCAGACAGUCGGACAUUGCCGACAUGUUUUGUAUCAAUCAAAUUUGAGAAAGAGUAGACACUUUAUUGAGAUUUUGUUUUUACCCUUUCUUUGGUCUAGUUUUAAAAAGGGCGAACAUUUGUAAAAAAAUUAAGGUGAAAUAAGUUCAAAUGUCAGUUUACAGAGCGAAUGAUGUCUAGUGUCUGAUUGAUCACAUGGAUUUUCUUGUUCAGGUGAACAUUUUUGAUUACUUGCAGCUCACUUGAGGACUAAACCUGAAAUCCUACUUAAAGUGAGAAUUGAUGUAUUAAUGGAAAAGGGAAGAAAAAGAAAAUAACUAAAGUUUAAAGAAAAUGUUAACACAGCAGUUCAGAUGAAAAGGUUAAAGGUCACUGCUGAUGCCUGAAUUCUUAGGUCUCCAUUGGACUUUAUUGGACCUCACCACAAAAAGAUAAAUGACAUCCCAAAAAUCCCCGAUUUCUUCAGAGACAAACUUUUCUGUUCCACAAGUUUAAAGACACAUUCAUUAUGUCCCAAGCAAACACCCUGUCUCUAUGCUGGUCCAUUUCAGGGCGGUACCGUCCAGGCAGAGACAAACCAGACCCCAAGACGUGGAAAGCAAAUUUCCGAUGUGCCCUGAAUUCCUUACCAGACAUUUGUGAGCUGCGGGAGCACAGCAGGAAGAGAGGCACCAAUGCAUACAGGGUGUACAGGAUCCUGCCCAACUCUCAGAUUCACAGAAGGAGAAAAGGUCUCCGAUUGUUCAACUGUCCUCAGGAAAGACAGAUGAGUUUACAAGAUUAUAAACUUGAUGACACACACAUCUCACACACUUGGCAGCCUGGAACGACACGGCAAAUAUCAGAGACACCGCAGAAGGUGGAGACGUGCACACAACUCAUCUUUACCGGCACUGAGCCACAUGGAAUGUGGGAGCCCAAACCAGAGGAACAGGAACACAGUGAGACCGUCCACAAGCUGAUAGACCACUUCAGUAGCACCGACCUCUGGAGCCAGACAUUGGAGCAGAGAGAAUGGAGGAUGCACAGUCUUUGGGACCAGUCACACUGUGCAGUUGAUGAAAACCUGUACCCUCCUCACGCUGAGGGCUACAGUGAGCUGUUUGGUCCAAACUACCUCAAGGAGCUCUCUGACUGGUCCACACAUCAGCAAAUGCUGAUGCUAUAGUUGUGUGUCCCUUUUCUUUCUGUGUGUUUAUCUUCUUACACCUCUUGCUGCUUUCCUCCUGCUGCUGCGUUUCUGCUGAGCCGACAACUGAAGGACAGAAAUAAGAGAGCGAUCAUCAUCGCCCUGUAAGUCAGCCUCGGUGCUGAGGAGGCUGCGAUGAGGAUCUGGUUCCAAGCCAAGCGGUGCCGCUGCUGUUCACCGUGGGUCAGUUGGCUCAAACUCACCAAGCUGACACCAAGCUCACGAACACUGCAGCUGUCGGGGUAAAUGGAUUUGAUUUCACAGGAUCAAAUUAUUACUCUUCUGUGACUUUCUCUGGAUGUUCAACAACAAAGUGCAGACAAAAGAAGUGAUUGUUUCUAAAUGUGUGUUUUUCUUUUAUUCUCUAACUUCAGAGGAAAAACCAUCCUGAACAUCUUGUAUAAAUAUUAUAUUUGACCCUUCUGUGUGGUUUGUAACGUGAGAUAAUGCAGUUUUGUUUUUGUGUGUGUUUGAAACUGUUUGUAACAAAAAUAAACAGAUAACUACUGAAUUAUACUUUGCCGUUAAAAUUUUUGCACUUUACCAUUUGGACUUUUGUCACAUGGAUAUAUUUACAUAGUGUGAAACUGUUAUGGGUCUGUGAAUAGAGUGUUAAAUGACUCCUCAUGGUUCAUUAGUUUUGAAGGAUUCCCAAGACCUUUGUUUAUCUGAAGCUAAUGUUGCACGACUGUUUUUACCUCCAAGUCCAUUAGGCUUCAUUGUGAUGUCUUUUUUAUGAAUAUAAUUCUUGUUAUAGGAGAUAAAAUACCAUGUUUCAUCUUUACCUAUUUUACACAACUGACCAGUUGUAGACCUUGGGGUGAUGGUGGCACAGGAGUUAAGUACUUGCCUCGAGAUCGGAAGGUUGCAGGUUCAAGCCCCACUCAGUUUGUCCAGGACUCUAGAAGGUGCUAUAUCAAAUUUACCAUUUCACACCUUUUUGAAAAUCACAUUCAGUUACUUUCAUGGUGAGCUUUCAGUGUUUACCAAUAAACACUGGUCACCAUAAACAUUUAUAUUACUUCCUUACUCCAUAAAGCAGCU